CGAUAAUAUACUCUCCCUCCACUCGACAACAUACUUAGUCAAGGGAAUUCCGUAGCCUGCCGAUCUACUUGUCAGACAAUCGAUCCCCAGAUCGCCUCGCACCGACUUGCAAGCGAAAUCGAUAGCAAACAACAAUGGCUUCCGACAAGGCUCAACUGAUGGAAAUGGGCUUCGAGGCCGAUAGGAUCGCUUGGGCAUUAAAGGCGACAAAGAACGCCGGACUUCAGCCCGCUCUCGACCACAUCGUUGCCAACAUGGACAACCCUGUUCCUGCUGGGGAUGAAGCAACCGCUGCAUCCGGGUCAGCAGGCAAGCCCAUGGAUAUCGAUGACGACGAGGACGAAGACGAUCAAGAGGCUUUACAAGCUCACAUCAAGAAGAUGGGCGGUGAUCCUUCAAAGGCAGACGAUGUCGAGGCAAAGAGCGUCAAGUGUACCGAUUGUGGCAAGAUCUUCAAAAACACCUCCUUGGUCUCGUUCCAUGCAGAGAAAUCGGGUCACUCCAACUUUGAAGAGUCGACUGAGGAGUACGUACCUUUGACCGAGGAGGAACGCAAGGCCAAGUUGGAGGACUUGAGGAAAAAGUUGGUAGAGAAGCGAGCUCGACAGGCGGAGGAGGACACUAAGGCCAACAAGGCCAACGAGAUCCUGCGACGGAAAGCUGGGCAGGAUGCAGGCAAGAUCAAAGAAGACCUGAAGAUCAAAGCGAUGGAGAAGGAGGCGGCUCAGGCCAAGAAGGACAAGGAGUUAGAGGCAAAGGCUAGAGCUGCCGUCAAGCUUCAGAUUGAGGCUGACAAGAAGGCUCGAGCUGAAAAGGCUGCCAAGGAAAAGGCAUUGAGGGCUGGAGAACAGCCUCCACAAGCUGCGGCUAGCUCUGGACCUGCGAUCGGAGGAGCUGCUAGCAUCGCUGCCGCAGCCGGUAGCGGGUUGAAGGGCAAGGACUACCCUGAUACUCGGUUGCAGAUCAGGUUGUCGACUGGAGGCGCUCCUCUGACCAAGACUUUGCCUUCAGAUAGCCCCUUAUCUGCGGUAGCGGAGUUUAUUGCUUCGGAGAACCUCUCUUUCAACGCAGACUCGGUCAAGUUGUCUAUGACCUUCCCAAGAAAAACCUUCGGACCCGGCGAUAUGAACAAGUCUUUGCGUGAUAACGGCUUGACACCGAGUGCUGUUCUGAUGGCCUCGCCGUGAGACGUCUCGUGGCGAAUGAAACAAGAUUAUACGAGAAUACUUCGAUGAUAGUACAAAACGAUGAUGUUCACCACUCGGAGCUCGCUCUUCAGAGACGUUCCGCAUCCACAAUCU